AUGGCCAAACCAUCAAAAAAUAAGGGUCAAAAAGAGGUAGAGAUCAACGAAAAUCUAUCAGAUGGAGAGGAAGAGAUAGGGGAAUCAAUUGUCGAAAUGGAAGAGGGCAGGGAAGGUAAGAUAUUAAUAGCAUUUGAAUGGUUGCAAACAAAUCUAACCUAUUUAAAUUGGAUAAAUAGAGUAUACUUUAGAGAUGUUACAGGAUAUGAAUGUGGAAAAGUUGAAGCAAAUCAUGGUGGAGAUAGUUCAGAGAACGAUUGGGUAAAGAUAGGAUUUUCUACUCAUACAAAAACAUUCAAAAAUUAUCAGGCGGGUUAUUGUGGAAAGAACAAACCUACAUCGAUCAUUCAAACUUUUUCCAAAAUGUUUGAUGAAAGUAUCUAUCAGCUCAUAAUCGAUCAGACCAACAUAUAUAUGAAGCAAAAAGGCUUGGAUAAAGCUUUCAAGAGUCUUUUUCAUUCCUACAUGACCAAGGAAAUACUCAACACUUUUUUCUCAAUUACACUCGAAAUGGGAAGGGUUGACAUGCCUUCAAUUGCAGAUUAUUGGCGUUCCGAUGGUAAAGGUCAGGCAGUUUGUAAAAAAUCGAAAUUUUUACGGGAGGAAUAA